AGCAAACGACGGAGAGGAAAAUCGCGCAUAUAUCGCGGAGAGCGCGCGCGAGAAAGAAGGAAGAAGCGUAUACCUAUCGCGUAUGUAAAGCGUUGGUGGGGGUGCAGGGAGAGAGAGAGAGAGAGAGAGAGCGAGGCUGCGGCAGGCGGCAGUUCGCUUCGUAUCGGGACAUACAGCGGCAGCAGCGCUCGGCUCGCUGAGUGAGAGCGAGUGUGUGAGUAUAGUCGUCGUCGUCGCCGCGCGAGUGAGAGAGAAGAGGGAGCGCGAGAGCAGCGCGAGGAUAACGACGAGAGGCGCGCACACGUCCUCGGCCUCGUCCUCGCCCUCGACUACAGUUAUAUUACUCGUGCCAGUGGGGAUCCAUACGUGUGUCUGUGUCCGUGUGUGUACUUAUCACACCACCGACUGCAGCCGCGGGCGACGAUCGAAAGCUGUCUAGUCUACUCUCUAUUAUUGUUCCUCGCUUUUCAUCCGUGCGUGUUUCUCUCGACUCGUCUUGAGAGCGCGAGCAGCGAGUGCGUGCAGGACAGCAGCAGAGAGAAGGAACACAAGGUGUGUGUGUGUCUCUGUGUGUGUGUGUGUGUGGGUGUGUGUGUGUGACGAGACAGCAGCAGUAGUAGAGAAGACAGUUGGCCGAGAAGAAGGUGGUCGUCGUCGUCGGCUCGCGAAAAUGGCGGGCGAAGGUGGUGCAGCGAACGCGAUCGCGAAUGCAGAAAUCGUGCGCGGCCAGAUAUUCGAGGUCGGGCCGCGGUACACGAACCUCGCGUACAUGGGCGAAGGCGCCUAUGGCAUGGUCGUCUCCGCGUACGACAACGUGACAGACACAAAAGUAGCCAUUAAGAAAAUUUCUCCAUUCGAGCAUCAAACCUACAGCCAAAGGACACUAAGAGAAAUUAAAAUCCUCACCAGGUUUAAGCAUGAAAAUAUUAUAGAUAUAAGAGAUAUAUUAAGAGCGCCAACUAUAGAUCAAAUGAAGGAUGUAUAUAUUGUUCAAUGUUUAAUGGAAACUGAUCUUUACAAAUUACUCAAAACUCAGGCUAUUAGUAAUGAUCACAUAUGUUACUUUCUUUAUCAAAUUCUUCGGGGGCUGAAGUAUAUUCACUCUGCAAAUGUAUUGCAUAGAGACCUCAAACCUAGCAAUUUGCUUUUGAAUACCACAUGUGACCUUAAAAUUUGCGAUUUUGGUCUGGCCAGAGUAGCUGAUCCUGAUCAUAAUCAUGCUGGUUUUCUCACAGAAUAUGUGGCAACAAGAUGGUACAGAGCACCUGAAAUAAUGUUAAACUCCAAGGGGUACACAAAGUCCAUAGAUAUCUGGUCAGUAGGCUGCAUUCUUGCAGAGAUGCUGUCUAGACGGGCGAUAUUCCCUGGUAAACACUACCUAGAUCAGUUGAAUCACAUUCUCGGUAUUCUUGGCUCACCUUCGCCCGAAGACCUUGAAUGCAUAAUUAACGAAAAGGCGCGCAGUUACUUGCAAUCUUUACCGUACAAACCAAAGGUUCCAUGGACAAGUUUGUUUCCCAAUGCAGAUCCUAAGGCACUCGAUUUAUUAGAUAAGAUGUUAACUUUCAAUCCCAAUAAACGUAUUGUGGUGGAAGAGGCAUUAGCUCAUCCGUAUUUGGAACAGUAUUAUGACCCAGCUGACGAACCCGUUGCAGAGGAACCAUUCAAAUUUGAUAUGGAACUAGAUGAUCUUCCAAAAGAGACGUUAAAACAGUACAUUUUCGAAGAGACUUUACUUUUUCAAAAAACCCGCCAAGAGAAUGCCAUAUAAUAGACGACUGAAAGAGACGCAAAACGGGCAAGUGAAUCGGAUGGCGGUACACCUGUUGAAUAGCACUACUGCGGUACGAGAGAAGAGUAAAAAAAAUUGAAGAUAAUCAAGUAACUAGUACAACAAGCCUCAGAAAGUGCAAUCAAUGCGAUCACUCUUCUGCGACUAUAAACGUUCGAGUCUACCAAAAUACAGUGAUUUUAUUGCUUUAGCAAGUUCAUAUUUUAAUUUGUAUACAAAUAAUUUUAUUUAAUCCGAUUGAUAACAUUACUUUGUAUUGCGUACAAGAAGUACAUUCAAAUGCCGUCAUACACUGUCUGUGAUUUAAGUACUGAGCAAUGAUACAGUUGGUGUAGUACACUUUCCAGAGAUCAAUAUACCAUGGCCAUCAUUGUGCAAAAUAGAAAAUCAUAUGCAUGAAGCAAUAAGCCAAACAGGAAAAAGUACUGCUAUGUCUUGAUGAGAAUGAGCAUUAACAGCGUGUUAUGGUUUCUGGGUAUACAACAUUUAAUCAUGAUCUCAACAUAAUUAAGUUGACUUAAGAAUCGCUAUACGCUUUAACAUUGUCUUUCAAAAUCAAAUAACUUUGGAAGAAAUACAGACCUGUUAAAAAUCAUUAAAUUUUCAAAAACUAUUUUCCAUAACUUACGAGACAUGAUUAUGCCAAAGGAAGAGAGAACGUCAAUUUAUACUUAAUAGCGUUAUUCUUUAAAAAUAAAAUUGUCUUUUAGAAAGUCUAUGUAUCCAUUGCAUUUAGAAACAAUUAUCAAGGGUUGAGUCGUUCUUUGAGGCUAAUUGUUUUUAAAGUCAAGAACAAAUACUUGGAGCUUCCAAGACAUUAUUUUUAUCUUAAAGAAGAAACUCAAUAUUCUUCAGCAUUGAAAUUAAAAUUUAAAAAAACUAAUUGACCGCUUCAGUCAUAUGAAAAAGUACUUUUGCACAAUUACAAUCAGUGUUUAAUAAAUUCGUAUUAUAAUUUAUACCAAUUACGAAAAAUCAUUUAUUGUAUAUAUCGCCACCAAUUUCAAGUGUUAAGAAAGUCAAUUAGUUUUUAUUUCAAGAUUACUUUCAAUGGUGAAGGCUGCUAUUUUCAAAGUCAGUACUGUACAGAUAAAACUUUCUGCAUGCAUAAUAAGUGAAGCUCAAUAUAUUUCCAUUAUAGUCAUAGAGUGUAAGAGUUCUUAAGUCUUGACUUAUUUAUUCAGUUAUUUGUUGAAAGUAUCAGCGUGCAAAAGUAUGUAAUUUAUUAAUUAAACCCAUGAAAAAGAUUCAACAAUAGAAUUAACAAAAAAAGAGUAAAAAAAUAUACAUAUGCGCCAAUGGAUCAUUAUUACUACACUGAUACUGCCAUCGUUGUGCAUAUAAUGCACAUAGUGUAUGUUAAAAGCAUCAUAUACUAUCAGUCUUGCGUUAUUAACAGUUUAUUCCGUGGUUGAAAGACCUGCUCUUGGAGUUACAUGUAUAUACGUGCACAUGAUAUUGAAUAUAAUUUAGUCGCUUUGUAAACGAUUUAUAAUUUCGAUAGAAUUGCGAGAUUGUUUUUCAAUUCCAUGCAAGGAUUUACGACAAUUUGCCUAGUUUUAUUUAUUGAAUUAUCCAUCAAAUGAAAGUAAACUCAAAAAGCUUGAAAUAUAAAGAUUUCAUUCACUAGUCUUUGGCGAAUGGCGCUUUUAUAAUAACUUAUUACCCAAUCAAAAUUCUUGAAAAUCGAGGAAUGAAAAUUCCUUUGCUAUUUACACUGUUGUUAGGAUUAGAGAGAAGCAUGAUGAAUGGAAAGUCUUCGAAAUUUUAAAUAUUGUGGAAAGUUUCUCCCUUUGACUUAUUGAUUCGUGUGUUUUUCUGUAUAAAUGAUUACACGUCUACCAAUUCAUAAAUGGUGCGUAUAAUUGGUAAUAUGAAAACAUCACAGAUAAUCAAUGCGAUUAGUAAGCAUUUUAAUGAGUGUUUUGUUAAAUGAUGGUGUUGUUGCAAUUGUCAAUGGUGGCCAUAUUCCAUCAACAAUAAAAGUUACUAAUCUACUUUUUUCUGUAAUAAGAAAAGAGUAAAUCCAAUUUUGAUUAUCUAAAUAAGACUUGAAUUAUGCUUGUUUUAUUAAUUUUUUAAAUUCUGUAUGAUAUAUUUGCCGCCUAUUCUAAACUGCGUCUAAAGUUUUUGAUCAUGGCAAUAAUAAAAUUUUCACAACGAAUUUAAUCUUUUCCAAGAUGAACGAAUAAAGUAGUAUUCCUUAAUUCCGAUAUUUUGAAAACUGAUGAAAUAUGCCACCUUGAUGAAAAAAGUAUCAAUUUAAAUAUAGUAUAGAAUUUGUGAUUAUUGUCUCAUCGAAGCAUUGUCUAUGUCACUUUUUAAAAUUUUCAUGUCAAAUUCGAGUUUUUAUCUGAAUGUACUGUUUAUCCUUGAACGCUACUAGGGUCAUUUUACAGUGAGGCAAUCGCGUAGGUCGUUAAACGUCCUAUAGUCACUUACUGCUUCGAUUUAUUUAAAUAAAUUUUUACCAUUGAUAAGACACUAAUAUAAUAUGUCGAGAUUCAUUGAGCAAAUUGGACCAUUUUAUCACAAAAUUAAGUAUGUGCUUUAAAUUUGAAAAUCAUUCAAAAAUUAGCGAAACGACUGCUUUUGUUGAUAAAAUUUUUAAUAGGAUGUCGUUUUUUAUAAUAAUAAUAAUAAUAAUAAUAAUAAUAAUAAUGUGAUCAACAUCACAUUUAAAGUGAAAAGAGAGAACAUCUGUUGUUGCAAUCGUUCCUGCAUACUAGCCAAACUGGAGGAUUCGUUUAAGUUACGAUUCAAAGUGCGAACGAUAAAUCGAAUCGUGAUUCGCAGUAUACAUCAGUAUAAUACUAACAUAAUCAGGCCUAAUAUACUUAAUGUUACAUAUGUGUAUCUAUUGUUGCUGAUUCUUAAAUCUUGAAUAUUGAAUAUUUCCACUAUUUCGUCUGUCGAUUUUCAAUGUUAAAUAUUGCAUCGAUUCGGGAUAAUAGGCGCACGCCGCCUUUACGGUGAAUAUUAAAUAAGGCUGUAUAAAAUUUUGUAGCCACCUCGAAUUGGAAGUUUCAGAGAAAUUCAAAAUAAAGAUAAAACUAAUGAAAUAAAGUAAAAGAGAAUGA